UUUUUUGGAGUGAAAGAGGAGGAGGGGGAGAUGACUGUCACAUCGAAAAAGGAGGAGGAAGAAGAGGAGGAAACUGAAUUUCUGGUCCCGGUCUCCCAAACGCAUCUUAAGGCAUCCAAUGGUUCUAACAAUGAACUUAGCCGUAAGAUGGUUUUGGGAAACCGGGCCCUGAUUAACACUAGAGAGAGACGUGACCAUCAUGGAUCCUCUGGGGAGCCUCAACAACAUCAUGAAGCAGAAAAAAGUCUCUCCAGAUCAAAACACCCCAAGAAACACAGGCAGAGACCCACAGGGAAGAAAACUCACCCCUGCUCUGACUGUGGAAAGUGUUUUGUUUCUUCAGGAUGUUUAAAAUCACACCAGAGAACACACACAGGAGAGAAACCUUAUAGCUGUGAUCAAUGUGGGAAGAGAUAUGUUACAUCUAGCGGUCUGACUAAACACCAGAGAACGCACACAGGAGAGAAACCGUAUAACUGUAACCAAUGUGGGAAGAGUUUUACUCAGUCAUCCAGUCUGAUUUUACACCAGAGAACACACACAGGAGAGAAACCUUAUAGCUGUAUUCAAUGUGGGAAGAGUUUUACUCAGUCAUUCAGCCUGAUAUUACACCAUAGAACACACACAGGAGAGAAAUCUUAUAUCUGUGCGCAAUGCGGGAAGAGAUUCGCCUCCUCAGCAGACAUUAAAAUUCACCAGAAAAUCCACACAGGAGAGAGACCUUUUAGCUGCUCUGACUGUGGAAAGAGUUUUGUUCGCUCAGGACAAUUAAAAUCACACCAGAGAACACACACAGUAGAGAAACCUUAUAGUUGUAAUCAAUGUGGGAAGAGUUUUACUCAGUCAGGCAACCUGGUAUCACACCAGAGAAGACACACAGGAGAGAAACCUUAUAGCUGUGAUCAAUGUGGGAAGAGUUUUACUCAGUCAGGCAACCUGGUAUCACACCAGAGAACACACACAGGAAAUAAACCUUUUAGCUGUGAUGAAUGUGGAAAGAGUUUUACUACAUCUAACCACCUUAUUGUACACCAGAGAACACACACAGGAGAGAAACCUCAUAGCUGUGAU